AUGGUAUGACCCUGAGGUUCUUGUGAAGCCAGCUGUUUGUCACUUUGUAGCUAAUCUGCGAAUGUAGGCUGUCACGACUAAGGGCGGGAAUCUCGUCCUCACAAUGUCGGAGCUGAACAAUCACAACCUGUCCUAUCAGAGCGGUUCGCACACAGUUUUGUCCGCUGCUUCGACUCAUUGACUCGAAGGGAUGCUGCAGUCAUGGAACAAAGUCUGCGUCAAUGGAGGUUACAUCGAAGUCUCGGUCAGUCUCCCCGGCUCGCCUUCGCAAGUCGGCUUCUGGCCAGCCGCGUGGACGAUGGGCAACCUCGGUCGCGCUGGAUACGGAGCAACGACUGAAGGAAUGUGGCCUUAUACCUAUGACAGCUGUGAUUGGGGAACUCUCCCGAACCAAACCACGGCCACAGGACUGCCGACAGCAGUUCAUGAUGAGAUGCUGAGCUUCCUGCCGGGGCAACGGGCGUCCGCUUGCACAUGCCCAGGCUCUGAUCACCCUGGUCCCUCCACCUCAGUUGGGCGAGGAGUGCCUGAGAUCGACAUUCUGGAGGCUCUCACGGAGGUCAACGACUCCAGUUAUCGUGGGCAGAUAUCACAAAGCACGCAAAUCGCACCUUAUAACGACCAUCGGUGGUUCGACAACUCGACCACCGUCACGACAAUCCAGAACGCAAGCAUUACGAAGCUGAACCAUUAUCUCGGCGGGCAGUACCAGCAGACAGUCUCAGCGCUGAGUUACAUCGAGGACGAAUUCUAUGGCGCGCAGGCGUUUGCUACUUAUGGGAUCGAGUGGUUUUCGGAUCCUACGGACCGAGAGAAGGGAUUCAUGAAUUGGUAUAGCAAUGGGCAGAAGACGUGGGGGAUCACAGCAGCUAGCAUCGGUCCGGACUCCAUCGCAAAUGUCUCUGCUCGCUUGAUCUCAGAAGAGCCCAUGUACAUCAUCCUCAACCUGGGCAUGUCGCCCACGUUCCAGCCACAGAACUUCAGUCAGCUGGUCUUUCCAGCUACUAUGCUCGUGGACUACGUUCGGGUCUAUCAGUCGCCUGGUGCGAAGAAUGGACUGAGCUGCGAUCCGCCGAAUCGCCCCACGGCUGACUACAUUGCCCAGCACUCAGAAGCGUACACGAAUGCAAAUCUGACGACAUGGGCUCAAGCAGGGCACACGUUUCCCAGGAAUAGCCUACUGGAUGGCUGCUAGCACUGGAAGUGUGUCAUAUGUACUUUAAUUGGUUAUCGGUUCGAAACGUACUUUGAAACCCGUUCUAUCUGCAAAUAUGAGGACAUCAGCUGUCAGUAGGGCGCGCUCGGAGAUUCAUCCGCCACUGCGCUUUUUUAGACGUUGCAGAUCUUUUAGCCCCCUCGCAUCAUCGAGUUGUGAUUGACAGCUUCACGCCUUCCCUCCUCCAUCCAUUCGCAUUCUUCCGUUCCGCGGUUUCCCAGCUCACAGAAAGCCUUGACGACAUCCCACCUCGAACCAGGGCCCUCCCACGCGUUGGCGACAUACACAGAACAAGGGCUUUCGCCGGUAGCCAUCACGUAAACAAUAGCGAUCGGUUGCAGAAAUCUCCCAGUCCACAACGACCGCGCACCUCCGACCCUACAUCUCACUCCUCUAGAACACCCUCCUUAUAAUGACCCGGACAUCCGCAGCACCGUUGUUCCUCCUCCUCCUAUGCCUUCCCUCUUUGUCGCUACCCGCAUUAGCACUGUCCAUGCCAUCCCCCCGCAGGACCGUCGACGUUGUGUAUGAACGCAUCUGGCCACGACGCCGAACGAUCAAUGUGCCAAGAGCCGGCCCUGCAAGUGGAUACUAUCCACCCGCGAAUGCAGGAGGGUCCAUGCUUACUAGCGUAGCAGGGACGUUCCCUCCAGGACAAGGCGAACCGCUCAAUAUCAUCGUAUCAGGCUCCUCCAGUCCCGAAGUGCUGGUCCACUCAUCGCUGAAUGGAGGCUUCCUGAACUUUUGGAUGGCUGUUGGCUUCGGUGGAGAAUGCUUGGGGCAGCAUAUUGGUGCUUCGCAGAUGGCAGACCUCGGUGACGGCAAUGGUCUCGUGAACGAGACGGCGGAGCUGCGCUGGGACUAUGGAGAUCCAUCACUCGGGACCUGUGAGGAGACUAUUCAGGGAGGAGACCACUUCCGUUAUUGGCAACAGAACGGAAAGUCAGCGAACAGCUCAGCAUACUUUCUUGCCUCGUCGUAUGAGAAACCUAUUGCCGAAGGCCAUGACAUUGUACCUAAUGGCUACAACUUCGGACGGGAUUGGCUCAUCGGUAACAUCACGGGCUCUCCGAUCGACACAUUUUCUCUUACCAACACUUCAACCUUCUCGGGCACCAAGUCGUAUGCUGGAUUCGUGUACUCCGUGGGGAUAUCAUACGUGUCGGGCUUGUUGUCGAACACAAGCUACGGGAUCAACCACAAUCUCUCCGUCCCCAUCAACGGUCUGAAUGCCAUAGAUGGCCUAGUAGCUGUUCUAGACAUCAAGGUUGUGACCAAGCCUGCGAACGCAACGAGUGCUGGACUGCCGAUUAUACGACCGUCCUCACUGCCGUCGCUGCUCGCUCCUCUAUUGGUGCUAGGGUUGUCUCUUUGGGCUGGACUCUUAUCCGUUGCCGUGUAAUCUUCCUCUGCGAGCCUUGCCCUGCGAUACCUCCACGUCCUACCUCAUGCUUAUCUAUCAACCAUUCGCUCUCACACACCCAUGCAUCCAUCUGCAUUCGUACUUAGACGGACUGCUCGACUGACUGCUCGACACAAUGGACCAUCCUAGCAUAGAACAAUCUACUUAUCAGCCGCGGCGUGUGUGAACUCCUGUCACAGCGUACAUCUCAGUGGCUGGACAACCCUGUUUCUGACCUUUCCAUGUCGCUUCAGAGCCUCAUCGGUACUAAUUUCCAGAAUUGUGGCUGGGGCGAUGAUAGCGAUGUCGCUGUUUCUAGUUCCUCGAGACCAACAUUCUCAAUCCAAUCCAGAACGUGAAGCUUGAGCUUGACCCCUGGUCCCUCCUUUCCAAAGUGAAAGACAAAUAACAUCAAGUGAAAGACAAACAACUCGCCCGUAGUAUAUAAGUUUGGCAUACCCAGGCGCAUAUACUCACCAAUCCUCUCUUCCUUUCCCUCUCAUCUCGUUCAGCACACUCUUUUACCUCCACGAUCCUUACUCGCCAUGUACACACACAUCAUGCCUCUUCUUUUCGUCGCGGGCGCGCUCGCUAGUCCCAUUCACCAUGUCACACGUGACCAGGGACCUGGACCUAACGCCGUCGAAUGCAUCUACAACAAGGCCAUCAAGUUCACGACCACCGCCGAGAAUGCCGCCAAGCUUCUGGCGGGGAACCCGAACGAUCUGCCCUCGUCAGCACCUGACUUCCGCAUCUUUCUCGAGAGCUGUUGCGCGCAGGCGUCUGGCGGCCCUGCCCCUGGAGACAGCUCGCCUCUCGCUAUGAAUGCCAACCAGCCGUCAUCUGAGCAGGCGUCUGAGCAGGCUUCUGUCUCUGCUCCGGGACCUGACCCACAGUCGAACCCGUCGAACCCAAGCUCUCAGUCGAUCGUCCCCCACGAGAAUAACCUCAACAUCAACCUCGUCCCCUCGGACCAACCUUCAGCUGAUCCUGCCGAUAUUGCUUCUGCCUCUCGCUUUGGCAAGUUUGUGUCGCCGUCCCGUCUUCACGGCCCUAGCAACAUCAGCCCGUCAAGCCCUAACGCGAAGAUUGGUGCAGAGUCCCAGGAUUCCGGCGCUCAGGCGGAUGGUCAGGGGCAGGAAGGUGGGGCCAACGCUGCCGCAAACGUUGAGGAGAAUCACCCGAAGAAGUUUUCUUCCGUGCCCAACCAUCCAGUUGCAGAUGGCCUUGCGUCCAUUCUCGGCGACGGCACUGCCAAAGCUGAUGUGAGCAACAACGGGCCGGGAGGGCCGGGCGAAGAGGCGACGGUCGACGGCGUCAAGAAGGGUGGCGAUGGCCAGGCCUCGGCGGACGUGGCUGACAACGGCAAACCUGACUUCCCCGUUGAUCCCAGUGCGCCUUCGGGCAAGAAGGCUCAUGCACUGCUCACUCGGCCAUCGAAUGGGCAAGUCGGUGCUGCUGCCAAUGAGGACGGCGGGUCGCAGACCGGGCAGGCUGACGCUCAACUUCCCAGCGGCAACAACAACGACGGCAACACUCUGCCCCUGGACCUGCAGGUCGAUGUCGGCACGGGCGACAGCAAUCGCACUGGCGGCCGCCCCUCGGCCAAGUUGCCGUUGCAGCAGCUUGACGCCGCUGCUAACAAGAUCGCUGCAGCUGAUCCGAUGUCCAAGUUGGACCCGGAAUCGCGCUCUUUCUGCUCGACAGCAAGUUUGCUCCGUGACUUUGGCUGGAGCCGAGUGCCCAUGUCUGCGACCGCAUUCGAUGGACCACUGACAAACUUAUAUACAGUGGAACUCGCAGGGUCAUGGGUCAACGCCAUGCUCUUCGCGUUUGAGGCCGUGCUGGCCUUUCGCUACCUGGCGCGCCAACGCCGGCCGCUGAUGCACCGGCUGGGUAUAGCCUUGAUGGUCUUCUUCGAUCUCAUAUGCACCAUGGCCAUCGAUGCGAGCGUGCUGAUGACAUUCCUCACGUUCUUCGGGAAAGCGAACUUCCGUGCGGUGACGGUGCCGACCACCAUCAUCAUUUCUGCGACGUAUGCAACGGCGGCUGUCGAGCAGUCGUUCCUCUGCAACCUUUACUUUGUUCUGUCCCGCAACAAAAUCUUAUCGUUGAUUGUUGUGCUUUCUGGUCUUCUCCAUUUUGGCUUUUCGUUCGCGUCUGCCAUCAUGCUCCAGCCGACAGUGACUGGCUUCCGUGAUAUUACCUAUAAAAUCACCUCGCGAGUUCCCGUCUUUGGAUUGGCCCGGGCACGGCUCUUACGCUUGGCCCGCAAGGUCCUCAUGCUGAGUCUCGUCUCCGGGGCGGUCGUGGCCUCUACGACGCUGUUGAUGAUGAUUCUUUUCUUGAAGGGUCAUAUCGUCUUCAACUUCUUCUUUUUCUGUCAAGGCCGUAUCUACGCGCUGACGCUCCUGAUCAACUUCCUGUCCGGUCCCCGGUCAGCCUCGGCGAACGUGACCGUAGAACUGGAGAGCGUGAUGAACGGCCACCGCCACUCGGUCGGAGUCGCGACUCCCACCUUCGCACGCUAUUCUUAUAGCACCCCGAACGUGAAAGAUCUGCCGCCUGAGACGCCUGACCUCGAGAGCUCGCUGGCGGCCCCGCAGUCCAUUCCCAUCCCGCUCUGGGAGCUGGCCAGUGCGUCUGCGCAGUCGCUACCGCAUCAAGAUGGCGGUAGCACAUCUCCGCGCUUGCCACAACAUCAUUCAGCUACCUCGUAGCAGAUUUCUAUACUCUAUAGAGUAGGAGCGCGAAAAGACGUUAGAUUCAGAACGUGUCCUUUCUAGGUACGCGAGCAAAAGUUUCACGUGAUCGUGUUACGAGAGAUGACACUGAGUCUAGAUCUUGGCAUGCCUUUGCACUGUCAAUGAAGACGGCGUCGCUUGUUUAUCGCCGGUUGGCCCUGACCGUGAAUCUUCGCUUUUGUGACCGUCUGCUCGCCCGUCCGAACACGCAAUCACCGAGGCGCAACGAAAUCCUAUCUCACAUCGGGGGGAAAGAUCUACACAGGACGCAUCGCAGGAGAUACUCCUCCCUAGAUGGUUUCAGGUCGGCAAUGACGUGGUUCGAUCGGCGCAGUGAGACAUAUGGGCGGGAUAUAAGGCGGGAAGGGCGGUGAGACCAGCACCUCCUGGCAUCUUGCUUCCAACCACCACAACACAACUUCAUAUCUUAUGCAACGAGCUCUAUUGCCUGCCCUAUACAAACGCACCUCAUUCGACACUCAUCCAUCAUGACAUCCACCCACUCAUCCCACCCCGCCCCGCUCCCAUACACCCGACUCCCUGACUUGACAGGGUCCACCGUCGAGAACGGCAAGCUCAAGCUCGUCGAGCUUCUCGGCCACGGCUCAUUUGCCAAGGUCUACAAGGCUCUGGACACCCAAUCGACUGCAUCAUCCGGGGCACCCAUCCACUACGCCGUCAAGUGCCUCUUGAACGGCGAGCCCGGAUCGCAGGAGCACCACAACCUCCAGAACGAGCUCAAGAACCACACACGGGUCUCUGGCCUGCCUGGCGUCGUGGCCUUGCACCGCGCCUUUGUCGAGGGCGAGCACGUCUUUGUCGUGAUGGAGCUCUGCGACACUGACCUGAACCGCUUCGUCAUCGAGCACAAGGACUGCGAUGAGUAGUGCGACGUUGCGAAGCGGGUGUUCUUGGACGUGCUUGAUGCCGUCGAGACAUGCCACGCCGAGGGUGUGUUCCACCGGGACCUGAAGCCCGGGAACAUCCUGUGUGACGCCGACGGCAAGAAUAUCCGAAUCGCCGACUUUGGUGUUGCGACUCGGUCUGAGGAGUCGAAACAGUUCGGCGUUGGGACUGCUGUGUUUGCGAGUCCUGAAGACAUGGACAAGACCCGAGACACAUACUCCCCUCGCGGAACGGACUGCUGGUCGCUGGGUGUGAUCCUGAUCGCCCUCAUGACGAGCAGCCUUCUUUGGAAGGCACCCGUCGAGUCCGACGACACGUACUGCGCGUACCGCGCGGACCCCGCGCACUUCUUGCGGGGGACGCUCGACCUGAGCCCUUCAUUCAGCUCGCUCGCGAACCGGAUCUUCGAUCCCAAUCCGGCGCGCCGGCCGAGCAUUCCAGAACUGCGCACGGAGGUCGAGGCGAUGGAAACGUUCGUCGUGCCUCCGCCCGUAGAUAUAGUUGCUCUGGCUCUGCAGAACCCACUGCACAGGCCGAAGAAGAGCAAGCGCCGGACGACUCCGCCUCCGGUGGAUAGCAGUGCGACCACGCCUCGACGCUCGCUGAGCAUUGCGUCCUUUACGAGGAAGCUGAGGAGGCUUGUGCGUCGUCGGUCGUCGCUGUAGUUUAUUUCCUAUCUCUGUUAUCCGUUCCGUAGAAAUAACCUUGCGAAUCCCGAUGAUUUCACUCAGUCAUGAGUGAUGAUGACAUAAGCGCCGUCAAUCCUGAGAUGUCUUUCCUUUCUUCUGUGAAUUCGCGACGCAUGACGCUAUGCUUUGGAGCGACAAAUUUGUGGCUCCUUUUUUGUUGGCCUGUGGAGACUCCGCCGUUGGGAUUUCAGUUCGGAAUUCUCAGAGCUCCCAGACGGAGACAGCCUUCACAUCAGCGACCCCAUUCAUCCAUUACUUCAUUGAACCUCUCGUCACCAAUGAGCGCUUGAGCCUCUGAGCUUGGAAACUUGCUCGGAGUAUGUGACCUCACAGUUGGGAUUAUGCGGCUCUAUAAAUGCACGACGAGGGUCUCCCCACUGAAAACACCAAACAUUACGAACAUGCAGCAACCCUCUAGCACCACAAGCACGCACGGCACGACAGGGACCAGCACCGGUGACAUCUCGUACGGCAACACCCAGAACACGCCACAGCCGUACUCCUCGACCACCGCAGCUGAUAGCGAUACUGGCGCACGGGACUCCGUCACGCACCCGACCGUGGGCGAAUCGAUGCAACGCGGCGAGGCGUCGGGCAUUUCGACGUUCCAGGCGAUGAGCGGCGAGGACCGCGAGCCGGCGGGGGAGACGGUGUACCGCACUGCGUCGCGGGGCGAGUUCUCGUCUGGCACCGAGCAGCAGCAUCAGCAGGAGCCGGGCGCGCAUUCGGAUGCAUCUGCGACGCACCGCCACCAUGAGGCGGGUACUGGGACGACAGCUGCCGAAAGGACGGAAGGCCGUCAUGUUGGGGUUGGGGACAAGAUCAUUGGAUCAGUCGAGAAGGUCGCUGGGAAAGUCACUCGUAACCCGGAUCUCGAGGCGCGCGGUGUGGAGCGCAAGACGGCAUGAAUCACGGGCCCGUAUAUACUACAUGUACAGUAAAUUAGAUGUUUGAGCAAUUGUAGCUUCUAACUCGUGGCCUACGACCAUGGUCGUCGAUGAAUCGAUUCACCGCAUUCAAAAAGUCC